AUGGUGCGGCAAGUUAUUUCGAUACACACAGGUCAAGCUGGUGUUCGUAGCGGUGCAGCCUUCUGGGAGUUGUUAUUAGAUGAACAAGGAUUUACUAAUGAGGGUUUUCUUAGAAGCCCUGGCUUUGGGGGCCCCCUAGGGGCCCCCCUGGGGGCCCCCAUAGGGGACUUCAUAUGGGACUCACCCCUGCAACGCGCAUCUCUAGGGGGACCCUGGGGCCCCCUUGGAGGUAUGGGGGGCCCCCCGGGGGCCCCUGAAGCAGCAGAGAGGGUACAGAAUGCUGCAGAUUGCUUCUUUGCAGAGACAGAGGCUGGUAGAAGGGUCCCUCGCUGCGCUUUAUUAGACUUGGACUCGGAGGGGCAAGACACUCUUAAAAGAAGUUCUUUAGGGUGUCUCUUCUCCCCACAGUGUAUGGUUGCAGGCAAAGAAGAUGGAGGCUGUCUCUUCCCCAGGGGCCGCCGCCUGGGAUCGUCCGAUCCCGUUCGAUCCCAGGCGCAGGACGUACUACGACGACAGCUAGAGGCAUCAGAUACACCCGGAGGCAAAUCUUAA